UGGUGCACCGUCCUGGUGGCCGCGCGGCGCCGCCCGCUCGGCCACACGGCUGGCGGAGGUGCGUAGGCUAACAGCAGUGAGCCGCACCGGACCGAAUAUCGCCAUAUUUUCCUCCACCUUCGGCUGCUCGGAGGUCCUCUACACUUCCAGAUCGUAAGCAAGGUCCAGGAAGGAGUGAUUCAGGAUGCCUCAGGCUAAAGCAAAGAAGCCAGCCACUCCAGGCAAGAAAGAGGAAAAGGGUGAAGCCAAGAAGCCUCCGCAGGAGAAGAAAGCUGAUAAUGCUCCUGCCAAGGCAAAGAAGGAGGGAGCCUCAAAGCAGGCUGCACCCAAGAAGAAUGCAAAGCCUGCUGGAGAUGGCAAGGGCAAGGACCAGGGCAAGAAGAGGAAGUUGAAUGAAACUGGCCAGGGCAAGCCCAAGCAGGGUGCUGACUCCAAGAAGAAGAAGGUCGAAAAGAAAGUCCAGGGCAAGAGUGGUGCCAAGAAGACUGGCGUGGGGAAGAAGCCCAUCAAGAAGCAGUUUUCUGCCAAGAUCAAGGCCCUGAAGAGAGACCCCAGACGCAGGAGGCUGGCUCGUCGCGGAAAGUCCGAGAUUGUUGUCUAUGAAGGGCGCCGUUACUUCCUCCUCCCAAGUGGCCAUCUGAAGGCUGUGCUGGACUUCAAGCUGGAGGACAAUGACAAGGUCGCCAAAAUUGAUGGUGUUUACAUCAGGAAGAGUGACGUCAAGACCUUCGAGGACUACAAGGAGUCUGUCAAGAGCAGCCCACCCACUGUGGUCAAGAGGAAGCUGAAGCUGAAGCUGCAGAUCCUGAAGAGGGCCCUCAUGAAGGACCUGCUGAAGGAAGCCAAAACAACCAACAAACAAGCUGUGGCCACAGCCAAGGAUGCUGGCAAGGAGGUGCAGUUGAUGACCCUGUACAAGAACACCUGGGUGAGGAAGAAGGCCGUUCCCCGCCUGCUGAGCUAUGCUCGCAACAAGCUCAUUAAGAUCAAGGCUGCCAGGAAAGAGAAGGGGGGCAAGGAGCUUACUGAGGCUGAACAGAAGGUCCUCCAGAGGUAUGUGAGGAGGAUCCUGCAGGACGAGAACCGUAAGCUCAGACAGGCUCUCCUCAGCAAAAGACCGAGUGUGGCAGGAAAGCAGAAGUCUGCCGGCAAGGGAAAGAAGAAGGGAGCAAAGCCUGCCAAGAAGCCUGCCGCAGGAAAGGGAAAGGAAGCUGCUCCUAAGGGUGAUCAGAGCAAGAAGCAGAAGCGCCCCGCCAAGAAGGCUGCCAACUAACCACUCCUUUGUAUGGGAAGCACCACCACUGGCCAGGCCGAAGGGGCCAGUGGUCCUGCUGGGAGAUGGGCUGAGCAGCCAGGGGCUGGUAGCAAGAUGCUUGUGUGCUACUUUUGGAGUACAUUGACAAUCACCUCAAGUAUCACAUGAGGUUACUAAGUGCUUAUGGUUUUUGUGGUCGUAUGGUUGUAAGUGAUAAUUGUGGAAUUUAUUUUAUCAUAUCUUGUUCUGAAGAUAAUUCUAUAUUAUCAGUCACAAAAAUAUUUUCAUACACAUUGACAAAAUAAGUUUUAGAAACAAGUAAUUUCUUAUUUUGAUGUAAGUGAACCUUAUCUGUAGCAAGUUAGUUGUUUGAAAGGUUUAUGUAUUGCCUAACAUUUUUUGUAUGUGCAGUGAAUAUGGUAUUAUCUUGAGAAUUGUUAUAGAACCAGGAAUGUCUUUAUAACUUGCUGAUCUUCCAUUUGCACACUAACCUUCAAAAUAAGCUGCUCCAGUCCCUA